GUAAAAGAGUUCAAAUAUUAUGAAUUUGAAAGAAAGUAAAAGAGUUCAAACAUUAUGUCGCUUGUCUCCUUCGUUCGCUUCGUGUGUAAAAUAUUUAAAAUUGAACAAUGGGAGAUGUAUUACUGUGUUCUCGGCCGGCAACAAGCUUCUUCAUAUCAUGGAAAAUUACAAAAUAAUUGUGAGUUUUUUAUAAAGUUGUUUGUAGUUUUAGUUUAUUGUAUUUUGUUUGUAGACUUCGUAGACUAUUUGAAGUAUCUAUUUUAAUAUUUAAAAAUUUUCAAUAGCCUUUGAAUGAAGAAGAAAUAAAUGUAUAAUUCUCACUAUAAACAAACCUCAAAUUAAAAGCAAAAAAUUUUUAAAACAUUCUAAAAUUUUUAUACUGUGCUGGGUGGUUAUAUUACUACCUUAAAAAAUAAGCAGAAACUCAACGUUUCGAGACGAAGGGCCUUCGCUCGAAACGUUGAGUUUCUGCUUAUUUUUUAAGGUAGUAAUAUAACCACUCAGCACAGCAUUUCCACAUUGGUACUACCUACACUGGUACAGACAGUUUUAAAUUUUUUAUAGCAAGUGGUGUGUACCCCCCCUGAAAAUGCCAACCCUUCGGAAUGAUUGACUAGUCAGACUGAACAGUUAGUUCAAUAGAGCUCCAGUUGAUACAAUGAACAAUGAAAUUAUAAUCAGGCAACUCCACAAGAUUGGUUUAAUUCUUAUCUGAUUGAUGGGGGGGGAGGUAUGUUUGACAUUGCAAUCUUCAACCACUAUAAUCAAGCUCACAAUUACUGAGCUAACUUCUGCGACAAGAACUAACAUGAGCUAACUUCUAGACAAGCCUAUGUGCAAACUGUGUUGCUUGUGGUUUUCUGAUUUGUAUGCAUGAGACUAGCCUGCUGCCUCAACCCAGAUUUUUUAAAAACAAUUUUGGGUUGAGGCUGCAUCCAUGCUAAAUUGAAACUGGUCUGUUCUUUUGUUCUAGUUUAUAAUAAAUGUGGGAAGUUGUGUAUUGAAAGUCCUUGAUUAUGUUGACGAGAGAAAUGAACUAUGGGUUGUGACCAAAGAUGGUAAACUGUGGGCUAUUCCAAUAUCAUUACAAGCAAAUGAACAGUUAAGUGCACUAGCCUAGUACUUACAUAUUUCGGGCAUUUUGCUCCUUUCGGCAUAGUUAAGUUGCCAUACUUCGCGCCGCUGUUCUUGCAUAUUGUGUCGUUCCAGAAAAGAUCCACACUCCCCCCAUGGAGGAAAUUUCUGCCGUCCGGAGGGGGAGGGGAGAAAAAAUUGUUUCUGAUAAUAGUAAAUAUGUGUAUCAGGACAUCUGAAGGGGGUAGGGGGGUUAACUUCCUAUUUCCUCCGUGGGGGUGGUAUGGAUAUUUUCUGCAAUGACCCAUUGUUAUUUUGGUGCCAUAUUGCAUUAGUAGCUGUUUGUCUAUUUUAUUAUAUAUUUGCGUUUUAUGAGUAAACUUCAAUAUUUGCGUGUGUUUAUAAGUUAUUUGGUAAACUUUAAGAGCAAUAUUUGAAGGUUUAACAAAAAAAAAGUGCCUGUGUUCUUUUUUUUUCAAAAUUCGAACGAGAAACUACUAAUUUUUUUUUACUUGGCCUUAUAAGCAUGGGAAUGAUAGUCUUAUGCAUAUUUGCCUGCAAAUAUUAGGUUGAUAAAGAACCUGGUUAACCCAUCAAAGUUCAGCCACCUUGUUUGGCCACCACAAGAUUUUAUUUAAAUUAGAAUAUACAGCUGCAAUAAAUAUCAUGUCUACAGGUUAUUUGAGCAGGCUUGCCUGGUACAAAUUUGAGUAACAUUUGGGAGGGGGAAAGAAACUAGUAUGUGCAUUUUGAGAUGAAAUUCAUGUGCAUGAAGGUUAUAAUGAAAAGGUGUUUUUAGAACAAAACAGCAAACAAGUUAUCAGGCAACAAAAGCAAGUCCAAACCAUGAAAUAUUUGCUGAACUGUUAGGUGAUAAUCCCCAUUCUUCAGAAGACCAAACACAAAAUGUUACAGUGUUUAGCAAUAUUCAUCAAUGUUCUGAUGGUCAUGUGAUAUACUGGGAGGCAGGCCUCCGGGAUGUAGUCAUAGGCCAACAUCAUAUCAUAACAUGUUCUAGCAAUGAUGGUGAUCUUAGACUUACUGUCUAUCCUUGGAAUGAACAAAAUGAUGCAAGAAAACGAGAAAUAGCAUCAAGCUUCUUAUACCAAACCUUAAUGGCUAGAGAUGCAUUUAACCAUGUCAACAACAAUGUGGCAACAUUACUCUAUGUAUCACCAAGUGAGCAACUGUCAUCCAAGUGUGCCAACAGUACACUAAACCAGCUGCUCUUUAGCUUGUUAUUUAGUAGCCAAUCAGGCGGCAACUGUCCAAUUGUCCUUGUUGGACUCCGAAGUGGAUUGGUUGGAUACAUACAUGUUGGCGCCAAGAAUCAGAAUCCAAGAAAUCCAACAUUGUAUCAUUUAGAACAACCUGUUCUAUCCAUAUUCCCAGUCUGUCGAAAGCCCCCGUCACCCAAGGGUGUUAACCCAGACUUCACACCAACUGGUGAUACGCUCUGCAUACUUGGAACUUUGGGAAAACUAGUCCUAAUAACCCAAGACAACUCAAAAGGAUUGCCAGAUAGCACUGUGGUCCGAGAGUACCAUGUACCUGGUCCUAUUGUAUGUACAGCUGUCAGUAACAAUCUUUGCACUUUGUUUUAUUCAACACUAAAAGAGGUGUAUGUAGUGCAACUUGGAUUGAAAACAGAAGCCAAGAAUGGGGAUAAAGAUACCUCUGAACUUCAUCUUCCUUCUUCAUUGUCACCCACAACCCUCAAUAUUCCGAAGGUACUCGCAUUAUCCAUAGGUGAAGCUAAUUCUAUGAUUUGUGUGAAGACUGAUGGACGGGUCUUGCUUGUUCCACAACCAUUGGCCGAAGGAAUGUCACAAUCUUCCUCAUCCAGUGGUGAUCAGAUUAAAAAGAAUUUAGGAGAAAUCCACGAGAAAGCAUCUCAAGUGAAAAACCUCCGUGAUGAAAUUCGCCAGCUUGAUGAAGUCAUAAAACAGUUGAACAGUGUAACGCAAGUACUAUGUGAGAUUCUAAGAAACCGAGAACCUCCGAAGGAAACAACUUUCCAAGAAUCUGGGAUUUCCUUCAAAGUCGGUGUGGAUUAUGAAGCUCAAGGGACGAGUCUUAACCCGCGUGUUAUUCUGAGAUGCGAUCUCACGAACUCUACAAAGUUUCCAUUUUCACUAAAUUGGUCGUUAGUGGUCCAAGUUGACACCUCACAACCGUGGUUUAAUGAAGACUGUUCCGUUCGAGCCACCAUGAAUCAUUCGGUAUCGCUGAGUUCGGCUUCAUCACAUCACAUUUCAAUACCUAUGGAAGAUACAUUGUCUUACCUAACUCCCAUACAAGUAUCAUGCUAUAUUUGCUUUGGUUUAAAGGAAUUACUCCCAGUGUUCCUCAGGGACUGUGAGCCGGCCCUUGCUGAAGAAGGGUUUAGCGUGCUCGUCUCCAGAACAGAAAUGAAUAUUCUUCAUUUUCUACGAAAGCAGGAUACCUGUUCAUCAGUCACGCAUCAGCAGAUACACCCAACUCGUUUGCUACACAGCAUUUUGAAAAGCAUAAAUACAACAUGGUCACCUAAUAAAGUGUCAGAACCAGUUCAAGAAAAGUCCCCUGAAUUUUCUACAUUUUCAAUCGAGCUUUCGAAAGAAGCUGUUGAUUCAAUUCAAACGCGAGUCCAAGAUAUACAGCUUGGUAAAGAUAAUACCGAAUCUUCUCUGAAACCGAAGCCUAGCAGCCCCAACCAUGGAGAAAGCAAAGAUAACCUUCCCUCUCAAGAAGCAUGCGUGUUACACUUCAUACUUCAUGGUUCAAGAAGACAUCUAUAUUGUGAUGACAUGAAGUAUCCAGGUGGUCACGUGGUGGCAAGAACGCCCGAUGAAGAAGUGGUGAAGUUUCAGGUGGUGGAUCAAGUAGGGACAACACAGGGUAUCGAGGGUCUUGAAGUACGUGUACAUACAUCAUCUCAGGCAUUAGGAUGUUCCAUUCACUCCUCAUUGUUGAAAGUACUUAAGGUAGGUCUGAAUAGUUUGUUUGGGGGAUUCUGUACGCAAGAAAUAGACUGGUGGAUAAAAUGACAAGUUCUGCGAUCGGGGUUUGAUUCCUGCAGUACACAGUUUUCAGAUCUUUAUUUCAUAUCAGUGUACUCUGGGUGCCGAGGUUUUCUGGUAUCAGGCGAGGUUUAUAGAAGAGAGCUUCCAAACAACGUGGGCUUUCUCCAGGCACUCUGGUUUCCUCCCUAAGUAACACUGGAGAAAUGAGCUGUUGGCUCUACUGAACCUCAAAGGAAAACAGUUGACUUUUGAAGAAGUGAUUGACCAGUCCAGUACUAUAUCCUUGCGAUGCACUUUCGUGACUUACAAUAAAUGCAUCUCAAUAUAUUUGAACUAACGAUUUUUUAAUUCGAGUCUCCUUCGUUUCCUAGCCUAUCCUACAAAGAACUCCUGAGCAGAGUGCAAGUGUUCCAGUGGGGGGAUUGCAGAAACAGCUAAUUAAGUUGAAAGUAAGGCUGAAAAGAUCCACUGUUUUAUAGAUUUGAUCCGUUUGAAAAAUUUGGAACAAAGCAUGAUUUAUUGGUCUUGCUCUUACUUUGGGUUGAUCAAAGCUUACUACUAGAUUGAAUUUGUCGAUCCGGUAUCCGUCAACAAUGAAGAUAAAUUCAAUCCAGUCAGCUUGGAUCAAGCAAAGGUGGGAAGAAGCCCAAUGAACUAUGUUUAGCAGAAGAAUACAUACACCCACUGUCCCAAACCCUCCACAGUCCCAAACCCUCCACAGUCCCAAACCCUCCACAGUCCCAAACGCUCCACAGUCCCAAAACCACGAGUUUCGGUGGCAUAGAGAACAGUGACAUUCCGAUCACUGGAUCGUGACUGGAUAGUACCAUUGCUAUGCACUUAUAAUAAGUUAUUGAGUUUUGGUGUCAUUUUCUUUAGGAAUUGCAAACGUCGUUAGACCUAGCAAGGCCUUCAUUUCAGAGCGAGGAAUCCAUAGAAGAAAAUACUACACGUGAUAGAAGCAUACAAAAAUUGAUAAGUAUUUAUAGUGAACUUCGCAAAAUACCCAUAAUUAUACCAUAGCUAUUAAUCGUAGUUCUAAUUCACCAUUCUUUAAAUUAACAUGACAACUGCGUAAGCUACUGUAGUUCGUUAUAGUUCACAUUGUUUUCAUAAUCAAUGCCUUAGAGGUAGAUUAUUCAUAUCAUUAAUUUAACAAAUCAUUAGCACAAAACACAAAGAAACACCGUAUGGAUACCACAGUAUUACAUAUGUAUUAACAAAUGUUUCUUUCAAUACUUGAAAAGCUAUAUCAUAUGUUCAAGUCAUGAUCUAUGAGAGAGCUUAAACAGUCAACGUUUUUGCCCAUUACAGAUGGCAACAAACAUUCUUGGUUAAAUUUAAAAUUGAAAACAAACACCAAUUUAGACAGUUUCAGGUUCGUUAUACCAACCAAGCUUGCAAAAACAUGGCAUGUUUAUUCUCUAUAUUACUACAUUUUUCUACACGGUGAUGAAAGAAAUUUUCGCAACUUAUAUAGUAUGAAAAUAUUGUGACCUUGGGGAAAUUUACUUUGGACCACCACAAAUGACAAUAGGACUUCGCCAAAUUAUCACAGCAAUUGUAAUACACUACUCCAGUACUUUAUUAUAUUAAUAUUCUGAAUGACUUAGUUAUACUGUAUUGUUCCUACUAGUAACUAGGAUAUGGGGCUUGAUAGCUAGUGGGGUAUUGUCCUGAUGCGCUAUAAUCAUAUACCCCUGCAGGGGGUUGCUGGGGGUAUGUUCCCCCACCAGCAGUUCUCGAAUACGGAUUGGUCCCUGUGGUUCCCCCUGUAUUUCCAUAUCCUCCUGAUGGGUAACCUGAUUCACUUCCGCCAAUAUACACCUGGGCCUGGUUUGGACCAGCGUAAGAUUGUGUAGGUGCCGAGACACUUGGGGCUCCACCCCCUGUGCCAUUACUGCUGGGUUGGUAGGUAUACCCUUGGGAAUAUGUCUGGGAGGUGGGGGCAUAACUGUUUUGGUUGUAUGCUGAAUUAGUUGGUUGUGUAGGUUGGACAUGGGUAGGUGGGGCCUGGGUAGGGGGAACUUGGUUAGGUACAGAUUUCUGGGGAGGUGGGGUAGAUCUUGGGGAAGGAUUGAAAGCUGGAUUAUUACUUGGAUAAGGUGCUUGUGUUGUAUUGCUUAAACUUGACGCUUGAUAUUGCUGACUUAUUGCUGGAGUUAUGUCACUUGUUGGUUGCCCAUUGUAUAUGACUUGCUUACCUAAAAAAUA